CGUGUUAUCCCGCGCCAUUUUCGAAUAAAUUUCAACAUGGCGACCGACAGGUUCGAGUUCUUCUCUCGUUUCCGCCAUUUUGGGUCAUCGUUGGACAAAGAUUGUAGCGAUCUAAAGACAAGACUGGAGGAGCCUUCCGAAGGGAGCAAUAAUGAAGGUCGAUGUCAUGUCGUUUUGCGGGAAAUUCUAUCUGAUGUCGUCGAAUUGAAAAACAACGCUUCCAAUCAAUUAUCUAAAGCUCGAGAGUCGUCCAUUUCCUUUGGGGAGUUUAUGGGUGCAUGUGAGAAGCUUGCGACUAACACCAAGGAAAAUAUUGAUAUACUUGAAAAUCAUUUGCUGAAAUAUGGGUACAAGAAAACAGGUGAACUGCCAAGCAUAGACAGUAUCUAUGAGCAAACAGAUGGAGAAAAUAAAGUUGAUAGUGGAAGUGAUUCCAUGGAGGUUGAAAAUACAGGUGACUCCCCUGAUAGUGACAACGGUGAUACCAAACUAACCGAAGAUGAAACUAAUGGCACGCAGAGUCCAAACAAAAGACAGAAAAUGGACAAUGAAGAUGAUGAUCCUCUCAAAUCUCCAGUAAGACCGAACACUUUGACGCAAAUGAUACAAAUCACAACAUCUCAGCAUGCAGCUCAAACAGAUAGCCCCUCUCUGGAUUCACCCCUGCCCCCUCAAACAACCACACCCAUGCUGAAAUUUAAAACGUUUUUGAGAGCUGAUUACACACAUGAACUCUCCACGCCUGAAAAAAACUCACCCAUCAAGCCAAAUACACAGACGCCUAUGCUUGGUAAGAAGGUGUCUCAAAGAAGUCUGCCCAGUGAACCUGUGAGUGAAUCCCCCGACAAUGUACCCCUGCCCCCUGUUCUUGCCACACCCGGGCUCAAGGUGAUGGGCGUGGCAGGUCAGCGGAUUGGCAACUGUCAGACUGUUGAUCAUUUUGACCCUGAUGUGCUUGACACGCCUACUCCGCCAGAUCUUACUACAGUGGUUUUACUAAAACCAGAGGAAAUGAGCCCAGUGCCAAUGGCAUCAUAUGAUGAUACCACCACAUCCCAGGAGCAAAGAAUGAAUGACGCCUUGAAUGACUGGAUGAUCUCGCCCGUGAGCUCAUCUGAGCAUGCAGCUCUACCCAGUUACAUUAGGAAUCAGUUUACCAUCGAUGGCUUGAACUAUCUGUUGUCAAAGAUUGGCCAACACCUCGCCAUGCAAAAGCAAGCUGGUUUACCACUUGAUCUCACAGAACAAGAACUAUACCAGGACUUUGGACUGGGGUCCAAGACUAAGGCCUUCCAGCUUCUACUGGGAAAGCUAAAUCGUGCAAAAUUAUCUGGGGAUAAAAUUACCUUCUUCUGCUGAAGGUCUAUUAUGUCGUGUUAUUUUUUCUUUAAAAAAUCUCCAAAAAAAAAAAAAAAAAAAAACAAACAAACAAAUGUGUGAACCCCAAAAAAGGGAGAUGGCGAUGAAACCCUUAGCUUUUGUGACUUAGUGAUAUCUUAAUCUAUUUUCACAAAAUAUAUAGACUUGUAGCAAGGGGUCGAAGCAGAGGGCGGGGGAGUUAAAAUGAGAAAAAGACAUCCCCCCAUUUUAAUUGGUGGCUCUUUGUAACUAUAGUUAUAAGAUUGUAUGUAAAAAAGGAUUCAGAUGUUUUUUUUUUCUUUUUUAGAAAUAUAAUAAUUUAUUUAGUCAAAAUAAAGUAAUAUUCAAUUCCCUAA